AUGUGCUGGAUCCAGUCUCUAAUUGACAUUUUGAAAUUGGCGACCGUCGCCGUGGCUGCUUCGCCCCAAUCCGCCGAUCCCAUCGUGACUCGUGAGACUUCAUCUUCUUCGUACCUCCUCGACGACAUCCGAUGCGAUUCUGGAGCCAAAGACGGCGCUGGUCUCCCACCGUACUCCUCUUGUCCAAACUCUGAGAUCAAAUCGAUUUUUAUCGAUUAUCGUGUCGAGAAUGAGUCCGCCGGCAACUGGGGACGAACUCAUAUUCCGGAGCCGAAGAAGAAAGUGGAAUUGACGGAAGAACAGGAGAAAGAGCAGGCGGAGAGGAAGAAGGAGAAGAAAAUGAGACAGAAGGAAAAAGAGAAAACGAAAAAGGAAGAGGCCCGAAAAGAGGCAGAAGAAGCGGCGGAACGAGAGAAAUAUGUGAAAAUAAGUGAAAGAGAGAAACGGGCGAUGGCAGUCGACAGACGGCUUGCUGGACUUCCGCCAGUCAUGAGGUGUCAUCAGUGCGGAACGCUCCUCCCACCCACUCCAUUCCAAUACUCCCAUUUCAACUUCUGUACGACUUCGUGUGUCGCUGAACAUCGAAAAGCCAAUCCAUAA